AUUAAACAAAUCAUCUCUCACUUCCACCGGUAAGGUGGUUGAGACCUCCGCCCUCUUUCGAUGUUUUCAAGAACACCCCUACUGAAUCGAAACACAAAAGCUUACCUUAAAAUUGCCAUCUUUUUUCUCUUCUCUCCAACCCCUAUUCUCUUUUCCUCUCUCGUUGCUUUAUAGUUCAAUUUUUUCCAAUGGCUCAGCUUCUGAAAACCACUUUCCUUCCCUCCUCUCUUCCCCGGAACUCCAAUUUCUCUCGGGUGACUCGCAUUUCGAGUAAUCGUUUUAGAACCACUCAAGUGCAAGCAAAGAUCCGAGAGAUCUUCAUGCCUGCACUUAGUUCCACCAUGACUGAAGGAAAGAUUGUUUCUUGGGUUAAAUCAGAGGGCGAUAAGCUAUCCAAAGGUGAAAGUGUUGUCGUUGUUGAGUCUGAUAAGGCUGAUAUGGAUGUUGAAACCUUUUAUGAUGGUUAUUUAGCUGCUAUAAUGGUUGAAGAAGGUGGAGUUGCUUCUGUUGGUUCUGCUAUUGCUUUGUUGGCUGAGACAGAGGAGGAAAUUGCAGAGGCCAAGUCUAAAGCUGGGUCGUCUUCUUCCUCACCGCCGUCAUCGCCUGAAUCUAAUAGCAAUAGUGGUAGUGCUUUGGAGAAUAGUCCACAGCAGGUGGUACCAGCAAUUCCAAAAGCGGCGGCGGUUGUGGCUUCAUCGGCCCACCCUGCGUCAGAGGGAGGAAAAAGAGUGGUGGCAUCGCCGUAUGCAAAGAAGCUUGCGAAGGAAUUGAAGGUGGAGUUGGAGAGAAUAGUUGGGAGUGGACCUAUGGGUAGAAUUGUGGCGAAGGAUGUUGAAGCUGCUGCAGCCGCUGAUGUGGUGCCUGCUGUGAGUUCCAAGGUGGAGACCACCGUAACUCCUACGCCGGGGAUUGAGUUGGGGACGGUAGUGCCAUUUACGACAAUACAAGGAGCAGUUAGUAGGAACAUGGUAGAUAGUUUGGCAAUUCCUACGUUUAGAGUUGGUUACACUAUUGUAACUGAUGCGCUUGAUGAUCUUUACAAGAAGAUCAAGUCUAAGGGAGUGACCAUGACGGCCUUGCUUGCUAAGGCUACAGCUCUUGCAUUGGUUAAACAUCCUGUAAUAAAUUCUAGUAGUAGAGAUGGUAAAAGCUUUACAUAUAAUAGUAGCAUAAAUAUUGCUGUUGCUGUGGCCAUGGAUGGUGGGUUGAUUACACCAGUGCUUCAAGAUGCUGAUAAGGUGGACAUUUAUUCAUUAUCAAGAAAGUGGAAGGAGUUAGUUGAUAGGGCACGGGCCAAGCAGCUGCAACCUCAUGAAUACAAUAUAGGUACUUUUACACUUUCUAACCUUGGAAUGUUUGGCGUGGAUCGGUUUGAUGCCAUUCUGCCACCUGGAACUGGGGCAAUCAUGGCUGUUGGAGCAUCUCAGCCAACUGUUGUGGCUACCAAGGAUGGCCGUAUUGGCAUGAAGAACCAGAUUCAGGUAAAUGUUACAGCAGAUCAUCGUGUAAUCUAUGGUGCUGAUUUGUCUUCCUUCUUGCAAACUUUGGCAAAGAUUAUUGAGGAUCCCAAAGAUCUUACCUAUUAGGCAACAUCAAAUCAGGCCUGAUUUUGCAUCUGUUACAUUUCCUUAACCUUGUUGUAUGUUGCCAGAGCUCAUUUUUGUCGCCAUCAAUCCUUGAUAUCGUGGAAGAAACUUGUGCAGAAAAAAUUUAGGAGCUCAACCACUCUGUUCAGAGUAUACAAUGAACGGGAGCAGAAUAGUGAAGAGCAAUGUUUUUUUGUGUUUCAAACAUUACAAUUUUUGAACUUUUUAAUGAUACCAUAAAAACUGUCCAUUAACUGGAUUUUUGAAAUGAAAUUUUUUUGAGUGCACAUAUUGUCUCAUAAUUGAAUAA